AUGGGCUCAAUCAAAGAACCAACUUUCACCAUCCCGAAUCCCUUCCGGACUCGCAUUCUCAAUGGCGAGAUCACUCCACUCAUGUCCAUCAAAUACAUGGUGGGCAAUGAGAUGGCGAUGAUGGCCAAAAUGGCCGGUUUUCACGCCGUUUUUAUCGACCUCGAACACAGUUCUCUCGACUUUCGCCCACUUGCCCAAUUCAUCCUGGCCUGCAACUACGUCGGCAUUUCUCCUGUCGUCCGUUCUCCCUCCAAAUCUCACUGGCACAUCAGCCGCAUUCUCGACGCGGGCGCUGCCGCAGUCGUUGUUCCCCACAUCGAGACUGUGCAGGAAGUUCGCGAUCUCGUCCAUCACGCAAAGUACGCACCGCUCGGUGCUCGCGGAUGUACAAAUAACCAGCCUGUGUUCAACUUCCAGCACGUUCCUACUCUCAAGCAGAACCAGGCUAUGAACACUCAGACAAUGCUCAUUCCCAUGAUUGAGACGCCUUGUGCUGUCGAUAUCGCAGAGGAAAUCUUUGCUAUUGAUGGUGUUGAUGGUGUUCUGAUCGGUUCCAAUGAUUUGUGUGCCGAUCUGGGCAUUCCCGGAAAGUAUGAUGACCCGGCAUAUCUCGACUCGGUCACCAAGGCUAUCAACGCAGCCAACAAGUAUGGAAAGCCAAUUGGUAUCGGAGGUAUUGGUGGCCGACUUGAUCUUCUGGAGAAGUGGUUCUCUAUGGGUGCGACUUGGUCAUUAAGUGCCGCGGACGGUGCUAUCCUUCAGAACGGUAUGAAGAAGACCGUGCAGAACUACAAUGAGAUCAGCUCAAGACUGGCCAAAACGAAGCAAUAG